CUUGCGCCGUUUGUUGUAGCGGAAAGCACAGAUGACGGAGAGCCCUCUCAGGACAGAUAGCUGUGAUAUUAAACAAACGCUGGCAUGUUACAAACAUUUUUUUCUAGUCUGCUUGACUUGUUAUAAAAACUUUGGCUCGUCGCUUAGUUUACAUGUGUACAAAGGAAAUCCGUCUUCCGUCUGUCUUCUACCUCGCGAUACAUAACGGCAUCUGUUCAGGCAACAGUUCACAAUUCUAUAGAGUGAAUAUGGACAGUGGAGGCAGCAGGAGAGCCCAGAGGAGUGUGGUGGCUUCUUGAAGGGUUGAAGGACUGGAUGUCAUGACUGCCCUCAUUUGGAUACUCACAUGGCUGCCUCAGGUCCUGUCAGCUAUGAGUGAACUGCCCCACCCUGUCAACAUUACCCUGAACUCAGACCACUUCAUUCAUAUCUUGAAAUGGCAGCCGGGACCAGGGACACCCACUGGAGUCUACUACCAAGUCGCUGUAAACACAGACAAGGGAUCAUCCUGGAUGCCAGCAGCUGGCUGCGAGCGUGUCCAGCACCCACUGGUUUGCAACCUAACAGAUGCUUUCUCUGACCCGAGAAAAGUCUACUUCAUCCAGCUUACGGCGCGUCUGGAAGCACAGGUCUCACAAGAAGUCAUCUACAAAGAAUUUAAUCCUAUCACACACACUAAACUGGACCUGCCACUGCUGACUGUGACACCCUGUGGCAGAAAUAUAUGUGUACACCUUCAGCCUCCCAUGGAACACCUAAGGACGAUCUAUGACAGUUUUCAAUACACACUCAAGAUCGAGAGCAGCAGUACUGAUAAAAUCCAGUUCAGGGACACAAAAAGUCUGACAAAAUAUAUUCUGGAGGAUCUGGCCCCUGGCAGAGAGUACUGUGUCUCAGUCUGCAUCUCGGAUAGCCUGGAGUCCAAAAAGUCCAACUACAGCCAACCUGUCUGUACUUUCACCCUUGGCAUCUUUUCUGCAGACCCAUGGAUCUCAGUCGUGCUCUGUUUGUUGGUGAUAUUCAGUUUGGUCGUCUUGGCCCUGCUGUUCUUCACUGGUUUCAUCUGUCUGAAAGGGAGGCCACUACCAGAGGUUCUGACAUCCACCCAUCAGAUAGAGGGGGCUCCAGUCAUCAUACCCUGCCACACACCCUUGUCUUCUAUCUUUAAUGUUAAACCAACACUGCCCUCUUCAGGUGAAAAGAGAAGCAGCCAGUCAGAUGACAGUGAAGGGGACAUUGGGACGGACAGCACCGCUGGGAGCAUAGGAGGCUAUAAACUGCGGGUGGGCACAAACCUCUUGUCUUCCUCUUCUUCCUCUUCAUCAUCUUUGUUAGCUCCUUUUUCGCCCAAGCCUGAACCACAGCCCAGCUUCUCCUCAAACCAAACAUCAGACCUCUACAGUCCACAGCCUGAAGUCACACUUUCCACAGAGACACAGUCCAGUGCUGGACAGAGCCACACACUGAGCACACACAUAGACACAGACAGUUUGACUGAAGGAAUAAUCAGGACAGAUGAGGAGAAGGAGGAGGUGGGAGAGAAGGAUAGCCAGGAUGUGAACCUCCUCACAUUAACCUUCGGCCGGCGUGAGGAGGAGGAGGAGGAGGAGGAGGAACCAUGUCUUGGCACGGCAGAGGUAGAGCCAGAAUCUCACUCUGCCCCGGAGGAGGACAGCAUUACUCCAAUUCAACCCUUGCAAACCUGGGAUACCAGGGAAGCUGCCAUAGAACCUAUUUCCUGCUCCACUGAUGAAGAUGAACUCUCUGGAUAUAUGGGCCGCCCAUGUACAGAUGUCUUACAGCGUUUAUUAUAGAAGUCUCUGGGUUUUGCAGCUGUAAGUGUGAUAAACGUGGUAAACCCAGUCUUCCAAAGAAAGACACAUAGUCACACUGGUCCAAAUUCAUCUCCAUCGGCAGUCUCAUUACAGGACAUACUGUACUCACACAGAGUCCAUCCUUCAGCUGUACUUCAAGUGUUGAAGUACAGCUGAA